ACGCACGAGGUCUAUGCAGCACCAGUGGCAGUUUCCUUCCUUGAGAUUUUGCUUCCUGUAUCAUCACUAAGUGGGAAAUAAUGGCGACGGUUAGUCCGAGUUACCGGGAAGGUGGUUGGGGCUGGGUGGUCGUUCUGGCCGGCUUCAUGAAUGAGUUCAUCAUUUGCGGCAACCUAAAAGCUCUAGGUGUUCUGAUCACUUAUAUGAAGGAGGAUUUCGGUAGGGAGUUGUGGGUCGUCGGCUCCAUAGUCUCGCUACAUUAUGCAGUACAGUCUAUCAUGUGUCCCCUUGCAGCUGCUCUGGCACCCACAUUUGGUGUUCGCUCCUUGGUUCUUGUUGGCGGUGCACUGUACGGAGUUGGUCUGGUGGUGUCUGCUUUAACGCACAGUAUUGCCAUCUUGGCUCUCGCCCUUGUUGUUAUCGCUGGAACAGGGGUAGCGUCUGUGAUGGAGAUCACCCAUGCCGAAGUUGCUUAUUAUUUCCGGGAGAAGUAUCCUUUAGCAACUUUCGUCACAUUGACCGGGUCUCCUGUCGGUAUGAUGCUGCUCGGUCCAAUAACCCAAGUUCUCGUGGAUACGUAUGGAUGGCGAGGAGCAAUGCUUCUCCUCGGUGGUGUUAGUUUUCAUCUUGUUGUAGCAGGGAUGUUGAUACGAAGGCCGCCGAUCUCAUACCAAGCGGUGCCCGAUCACGAGGAGCAACUUACAAUUGAUAGUAUCAACUCUCCUGGUAAAUCCUCGGAGGAGGUCAAACCGAAUAAGUCCAAGAUAUCCAACCUCUGGACUUCAGUUGUCUCUGUACUGUGUCUCGAGGUCUUCGUGAGUGCUGAAUUCAUGAUUGUAGCAACAAUAAGAAUGUUGUACAGUAUUGGAUACGGUGGUGUGGUUGUCUACAUAGUCCCUAAUGGUCUGGCGCUUGGUCUGAGUGCCAAAGAGGCAUCAUUCCUGACUACAGCUUGGGGCGUUGGGAACCUGGCUGGACUCGUUCUGUCGGCUUCGGCUAUGCAUGUUAAGUUGGUUUCGGUCCGUGGCGCCGAAGGAAUAGCUGUGAGCGUAAUUGCAGUAGGAUUCGCCCUGGAACCCUUCGUCUCUCCAUUCGUGGGUCAGAUUCUCAAUGCCUUCGUCGUGGGGGCUGGAUUGGGUUGCGCAAUCGAGGGGAUAUUUGUCAUGACGAGGUGUCUACCUUUUGGUGACGACAAAUUUGUCAGCGUGUUGGGAUGGCAAACAUUUCUGAGUGGAGUAGCAGCUGCUAUUGGAGAUACUUUAUCAGGUUGGCUUUCUGAUGCGACUGGGAGUUUCCACGCAACAUUCUUCCUGUAUAGUGCUACCAUGGCAGCGAUAGUAUUGUGUCUUCUUGUGGAUGCCAUUCGCAUCUCUUCCACUACCGAAUCUUCCAAGCAACGUGGGCUUAAGAUUCUAAUGCCUUCACUCUUUAAGAAGGACUCAAGUACAAGCUUCGAAAGGAUGCCGAUUCAACCGAAUCCUAAUUAAGCACAAUGAUUACACAGUUUUAAUCAUAAAGUAUUCUAGUUAGCGUUUAAGAUGUUCAACAAAUAUUAAAAAGUAAGCUUUACAAAGGGAAUAAAUAAAUCUUGGCCGGUUUUAAACAAGUACGUAUAAACCGCCUUGGGGCUUGGACGCGGAUAAUGACCCUAACAAAAGGCGAAGGCAAUUACCUGCGACCGGGCCCCUGCUGAUUAUAAGCGUACU